GUGGGCGCGGCGCGGGUCACGAGAACAAACACCCGGUCGCCGCGCUUCCCCGGCCGGGCCGUCUGCCGCGGACCAUGGCUAACGUGUCUAAGAAGGUGUCGUGGUCCGGCCGCGACCUGGACGACGACGAGGCGGCGCCGCUGCUGCGGAGGACAGCGCGGCCCGGGGCGCCGGCCGGGGAGAGCACGCCGCUCUUGAACGGGGCCGGGCCGGCGGCCGCCCGUCAGUCGCCACGUUCAGCAUUCUUCCGGGUUGGACAGAUGAGCAACGUGGAGCUAGACGAUGAGCUGCUCGACCCAGAGACGGACCCCCCUCACCCUUUCCCCAAGGAGAUCCCGCACAACGAGAAGCUGUUGUCCCUCAAGUACGAGAGCUUGGACUACGACAACAGUGAGAACCAGCUGUUCCUGGAGGAGGAGAGGCGCAUCAACCACACGGCCUUCCGGACGGUAGAGAUGAAGCGCUGGGUCAUCUGUGCCAUGAUUGGAAUCCUCACGGGCCUCGUGGCCUGCUUCAUUGACAUCGUGGUAGAGAACGUGGCUGGCUUGAAGUACAAGGUCGUCAAGGACAAUAUCGACAAGUUCACGGAGAGGGGCGGGCUUUCCUUCUCCCUUUUGCUGUGGGCCACGCUGAACUCCGCGUUCGUGCUCGUGGGCUCUGCAAUCGUCGCCUUUGUGGAGCCGGUUGCCGCUGGCAGCGGGAUCCCCCAGAUCAAGUGCUUCCUGAACGGGGUGAAGAUCCCCCACGUGGUCCGGCUCAAGACCCUCGUGAUCAAAGUGUCCGGCGUGAUCUUGUCCGUGGUGGGCGGACUGGCAGUGGGAAAGGAGGGGCCGAUGAUUCACUCGGGCUCCGUCAUUGCCGCUGGAAUUUCCCAGGGGAGGUCGACGUCGCUGAAGCGAGAUUUCAAGAUCUUUGAGUACUUCCGCAGGGACACGGAGAAGCGGGACUUUGUCUCCGCGGGAGCUGCGGCCGGCGUGUCUGCUGCAUUCGGAGCCCCCGUGGGUGGGGUCCUGUUCAGCUUGGAGGAGGGUGCCUCGUUCUGGAACCAGUUCCUGACGUGGAGAAUAUUCUUUGCUUCUAUGAUUUCCACGUUCACCCUGAAUUUCGUUCUGAGCAUUUACCAUGGAAAUAUAUGGGACCUGUCCAGCCCAGGGCUUAUCAAUUUUGGGAGAUUUGACACAGAGACAAUGGUGUACACAAUCCACGAAAUUCCCAUCUUCAUCGCCAUGGGCGUAGUGGGUGGUAUUCUUGGCGCCGUGUUCAAUGCCUUGAAUUACUGGCUGACAAUGUUUCGAAUCAGGUACAUCCACCGGCCCUGCCUCCAGGUGAUCGAGGCCAUGCUGGUGGCCGCAGUGACGGCCACGGUCGCCUUCGUGCUGAUUUACUCAUCCCGAGACUGCCAGCCCUUGCAGGGGAGCUCUGUGUCCUACCCGCUCCAGCUCUUCUGUGCAGACGGCGAGUACAACUCCAUGGCCGCCGCCUUCUUCAACACCCCGGAGAAGAGCGUGGUCAGCCUCUUCCACGACCCCCCAGGCUCCUACAACCCCAUGACGCUCGGCCUUUUCACCCUGGUCUACUUCUUCCUGGCCUGCUGGACCUAUGGGCUGACGGUGUCCGCCGGUGUCUUCAUCCCAUCGCUGCUCAUCGGGGCCGCCUGGGGCCGGCUCUUUGGCAUUUCAUUGUCCUACGUUACAGGGGCUGCGAUCUGGGCAGACCCUGGCAAAUAUGCCCUCAUGGGAGCAGCUGCCCAGCUGGGUGGGAUUGUGAGGAUGACCCUCAGCCUGACUGUCAUCAUGAUGGAGGCCACCAGCAACGUGACGUAUGGCUUCCCCAUCAUGCUGGUCCUGAUGACCGCCAAGAUUGUGGGCGACAUCUUCAUCGAGGGCCUGUACGACAUGCACAUCCAGCUGCAGAGCGUGCCUUUCCUGCAUUGGGAGGCCCCUGUCACCUCUCACUCGCUCACCGCCAGGGAGGUGAUGAGCACACCGGUCACCUGCCUGCGGAGGAGGGAGAAGGUGGGCGUCAUUGUGGACAUUCUCAGCAACGCAGCGUCCAAUCACAAUGGGUUUCCUGUGGUGGAAUUUGCUGGCGACAACCAGCCGGCCCGGCUGCAGGGCUUGAUCCUGCGCUCCCAGCUCAUCGUCCUCCUGAAGCACAAGGUAUUCGUGGAGCGCUCCAGCAUGGGCCUGGUGCGGCGGCGGCUGAGGCUGAAGGACUUCCGAGACGCCUACCCACGCUUCCCGCCCAUCCAGUCCAUCCACGUGUCGCAGGACGAGCGCGAGUGCACCAUGGACCUCUCGGAGUUCAUGAACCCCUCGCCCUACACGGUGCCCCAGGACGCGUCCCUCCCGCGCGUGUUCAAGCUGUUCCGGGCUCUCGGCCUCCGGCACCUGGUGGUAGUGGACAACUGCAACCAGGUGGUUGGACUGGUGACUAGGAAGGACCUGGCCAGGUACCGCCUCGGGAGGGGGGGCCUGGAGGAGCUGGCCCUGGCCCAGACGUGAGCCCCGCCCCCCGCGCCCCCUCGCUCCCUGGGGCAGCGGUGGAUGCGGCAUCCCCCAGUGCUCGGGGCACGCGUGUGUCUGUGUGUCUGUGCGCGUGUGAGAUGGCGGGUGGGCCCCUUGCUGCGGCUGCGCCGUCUGCUCCCCUGCGGGCUGGCCCGGGAGGACCACGCCGUCUGCACUUCACCGGCUGGGGCCUGGGGGACUCGCAGCUCUCAAAGAGACCCUCAGCUUUGUCCCUUCCACUCCGUCUUCAACCUUGAGGUGAUGGGGCUGCACCUGGAGGCGGGCACCCUGGGGAGCAGACGCGGCAGCAGGCUCUAGAAGGAGGCCAGCUGUUUCGCAGACUUGCCACACGGCCCUCCAGGGUCUUGGCUGGAGAGAAUGCUGAGAACCAUCCGUGGGUCUGAACGGCUCCGUCACCCCGACAUCAGGACUGAUGGCUGUCGCCUGUGUGCACCGAGAGACUGGCACUUCUGAGGGGGGGGCGGCUCCCACUGGCCUUCAAGGACCCUUGGCCCAGGGCCACUUUUUGGGGCAGCUCUGGUCCCGGUCCUGGGGCAGGUGGACUCUGGGAUGGGCCAGUGGGCCUGGAGCAAGGACACUCUGCUUCUCCUGUGUCCCCAGGACCCCAGGGAACUCUUUCUGGAGGUGAUUCCUUGGACUGCUUCUGAGACAAGGCUACCUGGCUGCCGCUGUGGCAGAGCCUGGGGGCGGGGGCAGUCGUCCAUCUUGGUUUGGGCCCCUUUUAAGGGAGUGGGGCCUUCAAAAGCCAGUCCCUUCCUGGCAGGAGCCCUCUGGGGGACACAGGGUGACGAACGUUUUGGGGGCUCUGGAAGGGAGAAAUAAAAGAAUCAUAUCAGGACGGCCAGUGCUGGCUCCCUGGUUCCUGCCCAGCACACGCCACGGUCCAGCAGUCGGGGCUUUGCAGGCCGCUAACCAGGGGCAACCGGGACGGGGCAGCCUUGACCCCCCGGAGGGGACGGAGGCAGUUGUGGCAGAUGCUUGUCUGUGGGAUAUCUUAGCACUGGACUCUGGACCCCCGGGGGCCCUCAGUCUGGGUGCUGUUCUGAGCUGUGGGGUGCAGAAAGGCCCCCAGACCAGGGCUGACUUUGGAAUAGUUGCCUUGUCCUGGGGAAGGCCCAGUCUGCCCUCAGUGAGCGAGCCUGGCUCACUGGGCGCAGGGAUCAGGUCCGCGCUGGCCUGACCUGGGGUGGGAAAGCAGGGACGUAGUGAUUCAUGGUGAUGACAUUUUGAGCCAGCCACAGGGUCCCCAUGGGGGAAAUAAAACACUGGAAACUUG